AUGGUUCCUGUUAAAAAGCCCCAGCCAUUUCAGCGAGCUUUGCACUUCUCCGAGGAGGAGUUCCGACAACGCCGACAGAAUGCACUUGAUCUCAUGAAGCGAGAGAAGCUUGAUGGAUUCUUGAUCACCAAACAAGAGUCGCUGUACUACUUCACUGGAUUCGACACCUUUGGAUAUGUGUUCUUUCAGGCCAUGUACUUCCACAUUGACGGCUCGAUGCGGCUUAUUACUCGCAUGCCAGACCUUCGCCAGGCCCUCUAUACCUCUAUCCUCAAGGAAGAAGAGAUUCUGCUUCGCCCCGAUGACGUGGGUAGCAACCCGGUUGCCCUAGUCGCACAGGUUUUCAAGGAGUUCGGGAUUAACUCACCCUCGCAUCGAAUUGGCUAUGAGCCCAAUUCUGCGACGUUGAACCUCGAAAUUGGCAAGCUACUAGAGGAAACGACGAGUGGCCUAUGCACUUUGGUCAACCAUAGUACUCUUUUUGGUCGCGAACUACGAAUUAUCAAAUCAGAGGCUGAGCUUCAUAAGAUCCGAAAGGCCGCCUAUUUAGCUGAUUUUGCGCUAGUCAGAGCGUUGAAAUUGGCCAAGCCUGGCGCAUAUGAAGGCGACUUAUGGCGCGAAAUUACUGGGACGGUGUAUGAAGGUGGUGGGGAUGAUCCUGCUAAUGAGAAUAUUCUCGUUUCCGGCAACAAGGCUGUCCUUACUCGGUACUCGACCGGGAAGUCGAAGAUUGAUCGCCAAUUGACUCUAGAGCAUGCCGGUGUCUAUAAACACUACCAUGCCUGUCUGAUGCGAACUAUUCAUAUCGGCGGAGUUACUAAGCUCGCUCGUCGUAUGUUCGAGGUCAAUAUUCUACAGAUGGAAGCAGCGAUGGCCGCUCUUAAGCCAGGAAAGGAGAUUGGCGACGUCUUUGAAGCCUAUGCUCGAGUUGCAGAUGAGAAUGGGUUCAAAGAACAGCGGUUUAGCGCUUGUGGAUAUAGCAUGGGCGCUACUUUUGCUCCUACUUGGAUGGACUACCCUAUGUUUGUCCGAGGCCAAAAUGUCAUUGCGCAGCCAGGCAUGGUGUUUUUUAUCCACAUUAUUCUGAUGGAUAGAGCGACUGAUACUGCUAGCUCUAUCGGGCAAAGUGUCGAGGUUACCAAAGACGGGUGUGUUUCUUUGUCAAAACUGCCUUUCUGUAUAACUCGAAAGCAGACCAUUGCGGCUUGGAAAAAAAUCAAGAAAGAAGAGUACGGAUUUACUGCAAAGGAGGAGGAUGAAGGAGAGAAUCUUCAGGACGUCGAGCUUUCUGACGGUGAAAUUGAUGCUGAGGAUUACGAGGUAGAAUAUGAUUUCAGUGAGUACUAG